AUUUUGAAUGCUCAGUCUUUUAUUGUCUCGAUUGUCUGCAUCAUCUGAGCAGGCGAAUAUCGCUUGGUCUUUUGCAGUAGAAAGUGGAUGAAGACUCGACUCUCGUCCGCGGCGUCCCCGUCCCUUGCACGCACCCGACGCUCGACGCCCACACGCCAGCAGCCCGCAGAAACGCCAUCCGCAGUCAUUGGGCGCGACUCGCUGGUCCCUUGGCGCAAGAUUCUCUACGAGCGCCAACCAGUCCCAGACAACUUCCUCCCGCCGACCUUCCUUGACACUGUCCAGACGAACGUGCAUGUUCGUCCGUACCGCUACUGGUCCACCGUACUCAGCUCGCUUGGAGUUUUGCUCCAGAUUUGCGGCGUUCUGAAUGUUCUUGCCAUCUUCCACCUGCUUCAGUCGCUGCGACGCGCCGACGACACUGUCGAUGAGAAUUCCCGAAAUGGAGGGCACGGUGGGCUUCACACGGCAGUGAUUGAAUCGGGGUGGAUUGGAAUCACCGAUUUCGGCAGUUGGGCGACAGAUCGGCAACACACGCCGAUGCAUGCUGUUGCGAUCGCUCUGGCCAUGGCAAUCGGCGCAGUCUCCUUGCUGCAUCGCACCCGACAUGGCGUGCUAUCUUUAGCCUGGGAAUCGGCCAAAAGCGCGUCUCUAUUCAUCGCCUCUUUGGCAUUCGUGCUUCCAGUUUUGUUCUCGUUAACCGACACGAUCAGCACUGACACGAUUCAUGCAAUGGCUGCGGUCGCGCUGAUCUUGACGGUUGCAGUGCAUGACUACUCGUUCAAUGCCCGAAACGACCGUGACGGUAGCUUUCUGGUCUGUGCGUCUUCUCUGAACACUGGCAUGUUUGCCUGUGUCUGCUUGGCCUCUCGUCUUUCAUCGCUAUCGCAUGUAUUUGUGCUGGUUCUGUUUGCGACAGCGAUGUUUGCCUUUGCGCCAGCAGCACACGCUCGCAUCGAGAGCACCGUUGGCACUGUCGUGUACACGAUUGGCUCCUGUGCGAUAACAAUACUGCUGCUGAUGCAAGCAGCCGGCGACAGGACAUCCAAACUUCUGGUCAUAUCAGAGUUUGCUGCCUUAACAGCGCUCAUUUGCCUUGUCUGUCCAGCAUGGCUUGUCUUUGUGCAGCGUUACAAAAGCGAGUUACAUGGCCCUUGGGACGAGGCCAUCAUUGGAGGCAUUUUGCACUCGGGUCAAACUGUAGGCAGCCAAAAAGCUGACCAAUAGCAUGUCAUCCAACGAAAAGCGCAUUUUGAUUUGUUGCAACCAGUCGCAAACGCAAAUACACACGCCAGAAGAAUGCUCU